UUCCGAAGAAUUCGAGGAGCCUAGUAUAGCCACCAUCAUGGCUGCCACUCUCCUUUCAUCGUUGCUAUCCAAGGCGAAACCACAACUGGCCGGGGACUUGCUAAGUAAGUUGCUUCGGGAGUGUACUUAUGAUUUCUGACAAUUGCUGAAUGUCAAUUACGCUAGACAACGUCUUUGCUUGUCAGGACCCCUCUUCAAUUUCAUAUUCAUGUGCUACACCACUGACUAUAUCAUAGGGCUUGACUCGUACACGCAGCGUAACCUCCUCCAGAAUGUAUCCCUAAACAAGAUUAGCAAGCUUUUAGAAAAGGUUCAUGCUAUUGCGGAGGAAGAAGGGUUUAGGUUGCGCGCGCACCGCGAUUACGGUGACGACCAGCUCUCGCUGACUACGUCGCAAGCGCGUGGGCAAGGGGCAGAAUCGAUCAUUACCCACACGCCCACGCAAAGGGGUGCCAACAUCAACGUUCCGUCGGAACAAUUCGCCUCGUCUUUGCCUCCGAGACAGACCCCAUCACAACCAUCUUUGGGAUACACCACUGCAGCUACAUAUCCAUUCCCCUUGCCCAAUAUGCUCCCUCCAGGUGUCAUCGAUGGCGCUUUAUGCCUCGGCACAGUGCAUCAACCGACGGCAUGCGCUGCCGGUUUGAUACCUAUCCUAGCGCUUCAGGCCCUAAUAAUCCUCUCAUGCCUGUAACGGACCUACCACUACAGACAAUGGAUAUGGGUGAUGAGUCUUUGCCUGACGACCAAGAGUUUUUAUGGUGAUGGUGGGAGCAGAGAUGAG